AUACUGGGAUCUGGAGGUAUUGGUCAUCCCUGCAUCGCAUCAAUUCAUUAUUACAUGUAAUUGUGUCUGUCUUUGCGUUCAACCAUUGGUUAUUCUACGGUUUAUGCAGUCUCGGGAAGACUAAGGUAUGUCAGUAAAGAAAAUAUGUCUGGUCGGCUAGUCCAAGUAAAGCAGCGCAUAAUCCAGACACAUCUGUGUUAUAAUCGCGUAAUCUUUCCAGGCACUCUAGCGAACACACUCUGCCAGAGGGCCUAUCACCAUGCGCGUCGCAGAAAUGAUAUUAGCUGCCUAUGGCAACUUGGAAGCUAGCCUUAGUUGAGGAUUUCGUUAUACGUGUAAAAUAGACUGGCUACUGUUUGCUAAUGAGCUAGUGGUUUGAAGAAGAAAACAAUAUUUUACGUACACAACGUAGCUAUCCAAAUGGCGCAGUCGGUACACAUAAUGUACCUAGUGUAACAGGAAGGCUAUCAAGGUUCAGGUGUGUGGUCAGAGGAUUUCACCAUGCCUCACAAGAUUUUAAAGAGUGCCCACUACAUCGAGCUGGGAAGUUACCAGUAUUGGCCAGUUCUUGUUCCAAGGGGUAUCCGAUUGUACACAUACGAACAGAUUCCAUUGUACCUUAGACAAAAUCCAUACAUAACAGAUGGGUACCGGGCGUAUCUUCCGUCUAGGCUGUGUAUUAAAAGCUUGUUCAUCCUGUCUAAUGAAACGGUGAACAUCUGGAGUCAUCUGCUAGGGUUCUUCCUGUUCUUCUCGCUGGGGCUUUAUGACAUGACCACAGUGCUACCAGCCACGGGCGCAUCCAGAGAGGACUACGUCAUCUACUCCAUAGGGCUUUUCUGCUUUCAGGUGUCCAUGCUGUGCUCGGUGGGCUAUCACCUGUUCUGCUGCCACCGCUCGGAGAAAAGCAGCCGCCGCUGGACGGCGCUCGACUACACGGGCAUCUCCAUCGGCAUCCUGGGCUGCUACGUCCCCGGGGUCUUCUACGCCUUCUACUGCAACAACUACUGGCGGCAGGUGUACCUGAUCGCGGUGCUGGCCAUGAUCCUGGGCGUCUUCUUCGCCCAGAUCCACCCCCACUACCUCACGCAGCAGUGGCACCGCCUGCGUCUGGCCAUCUUCUGCUCGGUGGCCGGCUACGGCGUCGUUCCCACAAUCCACUGGGUCUGGCUCAGCGGCGGCUUCGGCGCCGACAUCGUCCAGGCUUUCGUCCCUCGCGUUCUGGUGAUGUACUUGAUAGCGGCCGUGGCCUUCGUCGUUUACGUCUCCAAAGUUCCGGAGCGAUACUUUCCAGGCCAGCUGAAUUACCUGGGCUCCAGUCACCAGCUCUGGCACGUGCUGGUGGUGAUCAUGUUCUACUGGUGGCACCAGUCGGCUGUGUUCAUCACACACUACAGACACAGCCAGCCCUGCCCCGAUCAGUCUCUCCACGCCUGAGGCCCUGUGGCUAGCCCUGCCCACAAUACCUGCACCGACUCUAAGGACUUCAGAGCUAGCCUUCUAUGGACAAGGGUUCGACACUAUGCCCUGUGUGGCCUACCUGCUUUGUAGACAGCCCCACUGGGACUGCUAACUCCAAAACAAGGGCUCUACAGCUAGC